AUGGCGGCUGCGGCAGCAGCAGACCCCAACACGCUGGUGCGCACGGGGAUGACCAAGUUCCGGGAAAACAAUGUGGAGGGAUCAGUUGCAGAUUUCGAUGCCGCCAUGGCGGCUGGCCCCUCCAUCAGGCCGUACCUCUGGCAGCGGGGCCUCUCCCUCUACUACCUGCGCCAGUUUGAGGAGGGAGCCAAGCAGUUCCGUGACGAUGUGGCGGUGAAUCCAAACGACACCGAGGAAUCCAUCUGGGCCUUCCUGUGUGAGGCCCAGCUGCUGGGGCCAGACCAGGCGCGGCAGCAGUUUCUAGAGGCAACCGUGGGGAGGGACUCGCGGCCCGUCAUGCGCGCCGCGUACGAGUGCUUCCGCACCGGGGCGCAGCCAGACAGCAUCCUGCAGGCGAGCCCCCGCCGCCCGUCUGCCUGGCCGCAGGCGGCCCGCGGCGACCAGCAGGGUCACGACGCCUUCUACGCGCUGCUGUAUGUGGGGUUGUGGCACGAGGCGCACGGAGAUGCGGCGGCGGCGCAGCAGGCCAUCACCCAGGCGGCGCAGACAGCAUACGCCAAGGGCAGCGGCGACUACAUGGCCGCGCUUGCCAGGGUGCACUGCCUGCGGCGCGGCUGGCAGGCGUGA